AUGAAGUCGCUCUUGAAUCCUCAGGGGAAAACAUAUAUAUACGUCGUCGGGCCCAUCCGCGACCAAAUGAUGCCAAAGCUGAAUUUUGAUGGGCUCUUGGAUGCUCUCCAGCAUCACAAGUUACAACUCCUCUGCAUAGGGCCACUUGUCUAUGCCUGUGUCUCUUUCAUCAUCAAAAUCGUGUACCGGAUUUACUUCCACCCUCUUGCUAAGUUUCCUGGUCCCAAAAUUGCAGCUGCAACGCAUCUUUAUGAGGUGGCCUGGGAUUAUUUUGGCCAGGGGGCGUAUCUAUACGAAAUUCAACGCAUGCAUGAAAAAUAUGGACCAAUUGUUCGAAUAAACCCGAUCGAACUAUCGGUCAAUGAUCCGGAGUUCUAUAACGUGCUCUAUGUCGGAGGAUCGGUUAGGAAGACAAAUGCCUUGCCAAGUUUUGGAGAUGGAAUGGACUUCAAUGUCGACCAUGAUCACCACAGGCUUCGGCGGAAACCGAUGGAGCCCUUCUUCUCCAAAGGAAGCAUCGCAAGACUAGAGGAUCGACUCCAGGAGCUCACUGUGACCUUAGUGCAGAGGCUCCAUGAGUACAGAGGGACCGGCAGAGUUCUGAGACUCGACCACGUUUUUGCUGCUAUGGCAGGCGACGUCGUUAAUGUCUUGUGCAUUGCUAAUCCGACUAUGUCGUUUUUACGUCAUUCAGACUUCAAUCCAUACUGGUAUGAGUUGUUUCACACGCUGAUUCGUUCCAUGCCUCUGUUCAUGAACUUUCCGUGGGUCAUCAAUCAAAUGUUUCGUGACUGGCGAAUGAUGUCAGUCAACCAUAUCAUUGAUGCAAAACAACGCAAAGAGAGAGGUCUCAUAUUUGUGAAUGAGGAGGACAAAAUGAAAUGCGAGACACUGUUUGAUCACAUCGUCAAUAGCGAUCUACCAGAGGCUGAGCUGUCUGUUGAACGACUGGCGUCUGAAGCACAAGUGGUCAUGGGGGCUGGUACCGUGACCACCGCACGUACUAUGGACUUUCUAGCUGUACGUAUUCUGCUGAACGACAGCGUUUGCCAGCGUCUCCGGGACGAGCUUCGAGAGCCGAUGAAGGAUUUCCCGGAACGAAUACCAUCCUACGCAGAGCUUGAGAAGCUGCCGUGGCUUCAGGCUUGCAUCAAGGAGGCCUUGCGUCUUAGCCCGGGCUUGACUCACCGUCUGCCGCGAGUGUCACCACACGAGGAGCUGAUUUACAAGGACUGGGUCAUUCCUAGAAAUACACCCGUCGGUAUGUCGGCUUUGUUUAUGCAUAUGGACCCAUUGGUGUACAAAGAUCCGACGGAGUACCACCCGGAACGGUGGCUUGAAGAUGUCACUCCCGAGAUGCAUAGGAACUACGUGCCUUUCACCAAAGGCUCGCGUCGGUGCUUGGGUGUUGAGCUAUCCUACGCCGAAAUUACCCUAGUAUUUGCGUCGCUUUUCGGUCCGAAAGGACCGAAGCUGAAGUUGUAUGAGACGAACGAGUCAGACGGGGACCCAGCGUGCCAUUUCCUCCUCCCGCUGCCUCGGCUUGAUAGUAAAGCGGAUGAGGGCACGAAUUAUGUAUCACUUGCAUUACGGGCGGCUCUAUCCAUGGUAUACUCGUCUCUGCACUGUGUCGGCUUCUUGGGGACCACCCCGGUUCCUCCAUCCGAGCUAGACCCGCGCAGUGAUGAGGAAAUAGUACGGUCCAUUUCAGCGCAUGUCAAACCGACAGAUAGCGAGAAGAACAUGUGGGCCUAUUGGCACAGCGGAUGGGAAAAUAUGCCCCCGUGGACCAAGCGCAAUGUUGUGCACUGGGCGCGCAUGCUUGGGACGGAAUGGACCGUGCGGGUGCUGGACGGGAUUCCAGGCUCAGCCAACUACUAUGAGCGAUUUGUACCACCGCAUCUUCUCCCGUCGGCUAUGAGAGAGAGACGCAUGUCUGGACCAUAUGUCGCCACACACUCUGCUGAUUUCGUCCGCCUCCCGCUGCUUUUCCUAUAUGGAGGAUGUUGGCUGGACGUAGGAGCUAUACUCGUGCGCUCUAUUCAGGACGUCUGGGACGUGCUGGCCGACCCGAAGCAAAGUUACGAGUUCGCUGCAUUUACUUACAUGAUGCGUCCCGGCGAGGCCAGCAUCAUCAAUACCUGGAUGAUGGGUCGCAAGAACAUGGAAUUAUUGCGUCGGUGGCACGACACCUUUCUGCACUUGUGGGGCGACAAGUCAUCAUGUGAUGGCCUGCACAAGCACCCACUCCUCUCACACUUGCGGCCGCUGAGCAGUCUUACUCAUGGACUGAUUACCGACGAGAACAACGAGCCCGUGGCCAAGACGGACAAGAUAAUAGACUACGGAGCCCAGGUCUACUGCCUCGACCGACUCAGAGACCUGGUGGAUACCAACGACGGCUGGAAUGGCCGCCAGUGUAUCGAAGAGAAAACUUUCCUCCUGGCAGCGCUGGAUGAGAUGUGGUACUAUCAGCCAAAAACCGAUUAUCUCGGAUCAAGGCAAUUUGAACUGCUAACCACCCGAUACGAUGCGCCUGAGCCGCAGCGGGGCGAUGCCGAGGAGUUUGUCAACGACAUGCUUGCCAAUACAAUGCUCAUGAAGUUCUGUCAUGGAUUGAAGGAUGCGAUGGUCUCGAGUCUGGCAGAUAUUUGGGAUGAUCCGAAACAUGACGGGACCGACUGUGCUCCAGGUACCUUUGCCGAAUACCUUCGAUGGGGGACUCUCCACUUGCGCCAGACAAGAACUCUGGAGCCAGUGAAGCUCACCGCCCCGGCUGGCAAGCUCCAUCACGUCGCGAUGUUUGAACCAUUUCCUUCCACCAAUUGA